CUACAAAUCCUACCAUUCCUGUUAUCCAUCCCUGGAUACAGGAUGGGAGGGAAAAAAACGCACCAUAAUUUCCUUGAACAACCCUAAUGUCCUAAAACUUUUCUGGGAUUUUGUAUUCCCAUACAAAAAAAUUCCACUAUGGCAACCCUUAUUCCUUCGAAAACAAGAACAACUCUGUAUCGCCAUUAAAAACUGGUCAGGGGGCGACGUACUGUGAACAGCUGCUUGAAUGAAUGGAAAAGGAAGAGGCAAAUAAAAAAAAAAUACUACGCGUGGAUGAAGAAGAAGCACCCAAACACAAAAAAAAUUAUCAAUGGAGACAACGAGGUUCUGGUGGAGAUUUAUGGCCAAUAAAGGGGAUUUUAAAUAAGGAUCAUGUUGGCUGCCUUGGGCCUAUAAAAAAACUGAUGGCCGAUUCUGAAAGAUGGCGGAUCGAAGCAGAAUUAAAUGGUUUUGUUUUCGAUGUUCUGCUAAAAUUAAAAUGUGGUUCGGUGCAUAAAAAAAAUUUUAGUUACAAUAAGAAAAUUGUAAUAGGUUGUGAUGCCAACUCGCACCGUGUAGCCGAAAUAAAGAGGAUAUAGAUGCCAAAG